UCCAAACUUCACCAACAACAACUCAACACAGAGGUCGGUCUUGUGAAGAGCAUUCGUGAAUUCUGGAAUAUUGUUGCUUGUUAAAAGUUUAGGUGAUGCAAAGACAUUCGGCACUGUUCAGGAAUGUGACUGUGUUUCAUUGACAAUUGUUUUGAAUAAUGUCAAUUUAACGCAUUGAUAUUGCCCUUGGUGGCUAGCAUUAGCCAGCUAGCUAGCGUCUUUACGUCUGAGAGACUGGAGCGUGCUGCUGGUGAAGAGAAAGGGCAUCCUGGCUGACAACAAUCGGACUGUCUCGGGACUACAAUUUUAAUUUGUUGCAAAUAUGAAGUUAACGCAGUUUUUGCUAAAGAACAGCUCCAUACCGAAACAAGCACUAGUGGAUAGGUUUUCCAAGUUCUCGCCUUCGCCGCUGUCAAUGAAACAAUUCAUAGACUUUGGCUCAGCCAAUGCCUGUGAGAAGACGUCCUUUGUGUUCCUGCGUCAGGAGCUUCCUGUCCGGCUGGCCAACAUCAUGAAGGAGAUCGACUUCCUCCCUGACAAGCUUCUCAGCACCCCCUCACUACAGCUGCUACAGAGCUGGUAUGCAACAAGUCUGAUGGAGCUUGUGGGCUUCCUGGAGAAAGAUCCUGAUAAUAAAACGAUCCUAAAGAAGUUCACUGAGACGCUGGUGAACGUCAGGAACCGUCACAACAAUGUGGUCCCCACCAUGGCCCAGGGCGUAGUGGAGUACAAGGAGGCUUUCGGCUCUGACCCCGUGACCAAUCAGAACGUCCAAUACUUCCUGGAUCGCUUCUACAUGAGCCGCAUCUCCACCCGCAUGCUCAUGAACCAGCAUUCUCUCAUCUUUGAUGGAAGUGCCAACCCCGCCCAUCCCAAGCACAUUGGCACCAUCGACCCCGACUGUGACGUGACAGAGGUGGUAAAAGAUGCCUUCGAUAGUUCCAAGAUGCUCUGUGAGCAGUACUACCUGACCUCGCCAGAGAUUGACAUCACACAAGUCAACGCCAAAGGUCCUGACCAGCCUCUUCGUAUUGUCUAUGUGCCUUCCCAUCUCUACCACAUGCUGUUUGAGCUCUUCAAGAACGCCAUGAGAGCAACAGUGGAGACUCAUGAAAUGGCCCUGCAUCUCCCGCCAGUCAAAGUUCGAGUCUCACUGGGCAGUGAAGACCUGACAAUCAAGAUAUCAGAUCGAGGUGGAGGAGUUCCCCUGAGGAAGAUAGAGCGUUUGUUCAGCUACAUGUACUCCACCGCCCCCAGCCCCGUUGAUAUUGACAACUCACGCAACGCUCCACUGGCUGGUUUCGGCUACGGUCUUCCCAUCUCCCGUCUCUAUGCCAAGUACUUCCAGGGAGACCUGCAGCUCUACUCCAUGGAGGGAUAUGGGACGUCAGCUGUCAUCUACCUGAAGGCCUUGUCCUCAGAUUCUGUGGAAAGACUUCCUGUUUACAACCAGUCAGCCAUAAGGCAUUACCAGACGAGCAACGAGGCUGAUGACUGGUGCAUGCCCAGCAAGGAUCCCAAGAAGCUGGGGAAGUAUGAGAGAAGAAGUCAAUAGGGGUGUAACGGUACAGGUGUUCGUACCGAACUGUUCGGUAGGGAGCCUCGUUUCAGUCUUUACUCAACCUGAAUUAAUACAUUUAAUAAAAUAUAUACAAAAUAAAAGGCCUAUAGGCUAUGCCUACGCUGCGUUGUAGGCCGGUGCCUCGAGUAAAUUUGAGCGGAAUUUGUUUUUUUUUAGGGCUAUUCUGGUAAAACAACUAGAGACUAUGUGCACAUUGUAAUCUAAAUUCAAAUCUUAAUUGGCACAUUUCAAACUGUCCUUUUGUGAGGCGCAUCCAGGAACUAGUUCUGUACGAUGGCGAGUGGUGGGGUGGAUAAACCAGGAGGAUCCUCCGUCGUUUAAAUGUCCAGUUUGGGAAUGUUUUGGCUUCCCAGUAAAUCACAUUGGUGAUGGACAGAGAGUUGUAGAUAAGACGUUAACAGUAUGUCGCCACAACUCAACGAGAAUAGACUAUCCAGCUGCCAACACCUCAAACAUGUUGACACGUUUAUGUCGCCGUCACAAGACGGAAACGGAAAGAAACAACCCAAAAUCACCUCCCCUCUGCAUUCAAGCAGCCCUUGGGAACUGGUUCUGACCGGCCAAAAAUGACAGGAGCAAUAGGUAGGCUGUGUUUCUAUUUUUACAGUCUUUGGUUGAAAGCCGCGCCCGUUCUCAGUGGUUGAGAAUAGGGAAUUCCAGCACCUUGUAAAAAUGCUCGAUCCACGUUGUGAACUUCCCUCUUGCACCCAUGUCAGGUCAUACCCGCUCUAUAUAAGCAAGCCACAGUUUUCUAGGAAUUGGCCAAUGCACCCUGUGUUGCGAUUACUUAAAAGUGACAGCCCAUCACCUUACCCAGGAGUGGGAGACGUACCGCGCUACAGACACUCACCCUUUAUGAGAAAUCACAAGUGUGCAUCUGGGACUAAAUGUAUGACUUCACAACGGGUAAAUUCCCACCUCCCACAUGGUUACAAAUGCAGCAUCAGUGUGAAAACGUAAUUUUCCUGCUGUACCGAAACCAAACCGUGACCCCAAAACCGCAAUACAUACCGAACCGUGGAUUUGGUGAACCGUUACACCCCUAGAAGUUAACCAAACAGACUGAGCUAGCAGGAAGAACAAAGGAGGAAGACCGAAAGGAGGAUCAAACUGACAGAAGGCACACAGUUGUACCCACAGCUAUUACCAUGUCUGAGAGAGAGAUGUGGAUUCCUCUCGCAAUGGAUAUUCUCAUACAUUCACUUGAAGUGGAAAAACACAUCACUGUCGGAGGCGUUUCAAUGGCAAUACCAGGAUCUCAAUUCAAUAAGUGACUUCAUGAAUGUUAGUUAGAAACAGGGUCGUACACUACUCACAAUCAUCUUUUCUUCUGGUUAUAACUUAACCACAGGUUUCAGUUAUUUAUUCCACUCACUUAUUUUAACGUUAUUACACAGUGUAAGCUAGUGUUUUUCGCUUAUUAUUAAAAAGGUGAAUGUUUAACGAUAAUUGAAUUUAUCAAUCGACUGAAUUAGGUUAGUACAGCUAAUGUCACAGCACUAUAAUCUGUGAUACUACAUUUUUAAAAUGUGAAUUUAGUUCUUAACUCUUCACUCACAGCUACGGUUUGCAGCUUGGACACUGAGCUCUAUGGACACAGACAGAUAGUGUGUCAGUCAGAAACAGAUGAUAAGGCCAUGCUGUCAGUCAAUGGAUUUUCUUUGGUUACCCUUCUACUACAGGAUGUUCUGUAGAAGGGGUGGGGGUUGUGGGGUACAUAGCGGCCUCCGACUCGUAGACUCUGUUUAGUUUCACAUCUGAGCAUGUCACUUUUUUUUACCCCUCACAAAUAUUUGUCCACCUCGAAUUUUAGACAAAGUUUAUCCACAAUGUUUUUGGUCCUAAAGGGAUUUACUUGGGUUCCCCCCAUCAACUGUUUUUCUCGGUGCUAUUUUGAGUUACACCCUGGCUUGUUUAAUAAGAUGAGAUGAAAUCCAAGGUCCAUUCAAGGUUUCCUAUAAAGAAAGUAAAUAUUGAAGGGAUUGAAGUAUUCUAGUGUACUUAUUGAGUCCAACUGACUUUUAAAAUAUAAGUUAUGUGAAUAUUGAGAGAAAUGUUAGAAAUAUCAAAGUUAACUCAAUUUUGUAGAUUUACUAAAAUGAUUUAAUUUUAGAGGCCGGCUAGGUCUUCCAUGCAUGAAGUAUUUAUUGAAUAAUGUGUGUCAGAGAGCAAAAUGGGAGUAUUAUCUCAUUUCUGUGAUUAGGGAUACAGUAAGACUGAGUUGAAUCAAAUGUUUGUCAUUAAAAUAAUGAAUUUCAUUCCCUGGUAUUCUCUAAGAAAAACUUGCAUAAGACAAUAUGUACAGUUACUUACAUUUAACCCAAUAACAGCUAUGUACAGUGCCUUCAGACAGUACUCACACCCCUUGACUUUUUCCACAUUUGAUACGCUACAAAGUGGGUUUCAAAUGUAUUUAACCGUCAAUGAUCACAAAAUACUCUAUCAAAGUAAAAUAAUAAAAAUAUAUUUUUAUGAGAUAAGUAUUCAACCCUGAGUCAAUACAUGUUAGAAUCAACUUUGGCAGCAAUUACAGCUGUGUUUUUCUGGGUACGUCUGUAAAUGCUUUGCAAACCUGAUUGUACAAUAUUUGCCCAUUAUUCAUUUUAAAAUUCAUCAAGCUCAAUGUUGUCUUGGUAAGUGUAUAUUUGGCCUUGCAUUUUAGGUUAUUGUCCUGCUGAAAGGUGGAUUUGUCUCCCAGUGUCUGUUGGAAAGCAGACUGAACCAGGUUUUCCUAUAGGAUUUUGCCUGUGCUCUGUUCCUUUUUUUUUAUCCUAAAAAACUCCCUAGUCCUUGCCGAUGGCAAGCAUACCCAUAACAUGAUACAGCCACCACCAUGCUUGAAAAUACGAAGAGUGGUACUCAGUAAUUGUGUUGGCUUCAUGGUGAAAUCCCUGAGUGGUUUCCUUCCUCUCAGUCAACUGAGUUAGGAAGGAUGCCUGUAUCUUUGUAGUGACUGGGUGUAUUGAUACACCAUCCAAAGUGUCAUUAUUAAUAACUUUGCCAUGCUCAAAGGAAUAUUCAAUGUCUGCAUUUCUUUAUUUUUACCAAUAGUUGUCCUUCUUUGUGAGGCAUUGGAAAACCUGCCUGGUCUUGAAUCUGUGUUUGAAAUUCAUUGCUCGACUGAGGGAUCUUACAAUUAUCUGUAUGUGUGAGGUACAGAGAUGGGGUAGUCAUUCAAAAAUCAUGUUAAACACUAUUAUUGCACACAGAGUGAGUCCAUGCAACUUAUUGUGACUAAGCAAAUGUUUACUCCUGAACUUAUUUAGGCUUGUCAUAACAAAGGGGUUGAAUACUUAUUGACUCAAGACAUUUCAGUUUUUCAUAUAUUUAUAAACAUUUCUAAAAACACAAUUCCACUUUGACAUUAUGGUGUAGUGUGUGUAGAUCAGUGACACAAAAUCAACAUUUAAUCCAUGUAAAUUCAGGCUGUAACAACAAAAUUUGCAAAAAGUCAAUUGUUGUGAAUACUUUCUGAAGGCACUUAAAUUGUAAUCAGUCUUUUUGUGCAUAGAAAAAAAUGAUGGUUUGAGACGAAACGUCUUCAACGCUGAACUGUUUUCAAAAUGUUUUUGUUUUUUUACCAUCUAUGGUUUUAAAUCACACGUUCUCAGGAUGUUGAAGGCAUUUCAUAUUUUUUCUGGUAUCACCAUAAGUGCUGUGUGACGUCAUUAAACUGACAUGGGAAGAGCUAUCAAUCAGCUGAAGCUGUUGUUUUGACAUCUUGACGCUGUAGGCCGACGUCCUGACUGGUGCACAUAACCUAUUCCUGUUGACAUGAAUGAUGAUUUACUAAUAUACAGUAUUUGUUUUAUGGGCAGCCAUCUUAUGUCAGGAUUUCAGUCUAUAUGAAUUUUAAGGGAAUUGAUUGAAUAUUUUAAGCGUCUUUAGGUUCAAUAAAAUGCAACUCUCUAUGUAAUAUGAAGUUCUCCCUCUGCCUUUUUGUGCCAAUGCCAAACAAAUGUGCCUGCAGUGCUUCCAUUUAGCAGCCUUUUUGCAUGUGCUUUAGUCAGAAAAUUGUUGUUCCCAUAAUCCUAUCCACUAACUAAAGUGUUAUUAAUGCACUCCUGUACAAAUGUGUUUGUUGUUAGGUUUUCAUUAAGAAGGAACCAAUGUAAGUGUUGACGAUCAGUGUUUUCCCUCGUGGCUAUUUUAUCCUAUAUUUUUCUCAUCUUAAACGCUCAACACUGAUCAUUAGGAACGUGGGGAAGGUUCUCACAGUACAGUCAAGUUUACCAGUCAAAUGGACCUGUAGAUAACUGUUGACAGUUAUCUGUCAUUCAGGCUGAACACCGAUAUAAUACAUGUAACACUUAUUAUCCUGUUCUGACAGUCAGUGGUGAACUUGACCCCUCUAUGUACCCUGAAUUCUAAAGGCCUCUACAGUACUGUACUGCCAGGCUACCCACAGCCAGUGUGUGUGUCCCAGUGUUUGUUGACAACACACAUCUUUUCACACAAUGCAAUCAGUUGAUCUACUGUAUGGGAUAAUAAGACGUGUGAAAGCUGUUCCGAUGUAUAUGAAACAACUUCAUGAUCACUGCUUGUAUGUGUAUAGUAAUGCCCUGGCUGCUACCUGUUCUACAGUACGCUAUAAGCUAUUCUAGAGCUUUCUGUUAGAGAGCAUGCUUCCUAGUCCACCCUACCAGAUUAGUUCUUUAAAAACUACAAUAAACAAAAUAGGAAAUGUGA